ACAGAAAGCACAGGACAACUGCUCGGGCUGGAUCGUCUUCUUGUUGCUUUCAGCCGGGGGAGAGAAAACAGAGGGAUUUCAGUGUUUCCUGACGCUCCUGCGCAUUUUGACUGACACCCUGACCGUUUCAACUGGUGUUUGGAUGCUGACACGAUGCUGUCGGGAUUUUGGACAGAGACAGGCUCAACUGGUUUUGUUUAAGCGUGAUUUUUUUCUCCCACUCAGACCCGGCUGGUAUGGAUGCAACAGUCUCAGCCAAGUGAAUCAUUUCGCAGCUGAAGUGCUUUUUUUGUUUUGCUUUUAAACUUUUUAAAUUUCUCUGAGGAUGAAUGAAUGGGGAGGAUCAAGACAGCAUGGUUUUCUAUGAGGCCACCUUGUUUUUUAAUUUCCCAAACGCAGCGCUUCCCUGUGCACUCCUCACGCUAAGCUGUGGUUUGGAUGAAGUGUGUUUGUUGUGAUGCGUCUCCCCUCCAUUUCCACUGACACCAGUUUGGAUUUACCCUUUUGGAUCUGUGCGUUUCCAGAAUGGCUCGCUUCGCAGAAGAUCUACCCACCCGCUAUGGAGGAGGAGGCGCAGGCGGCGGAGGGAGAGGUGGACCGGGCGCCGGGAGAGGGGGAGCCCGGGGUGGUGGCGCUCCGGGCGGCCAGAGGGUGUACAAGCAGUCGAUGGCCCAGAGAGCCCGGACAAUGGCCAUUUACAACCCCAACCCCGUCAAACAAAACUGCCUCACUGUCAACCGCUCCCUCUUCAUCUUCCGCGAGGACAACCUCAUCAGGAAGUACGCAAAGCGGAUAACAGAGUGGCCUCCAUUUGAGUACAUGAUCCUAGCUACAAUUAUUGCCAACUGCAUCGUCUUGGCCCUGGAGCAGCAUCUGCCUGCCAGCGACAAGACGCCCAUGUCAGAACGCCUGGACGACACAGAGCCCUACUUUAUUGGAAUAUUCUGUUUCGAGGCUGCCAUUAAGAUCAUCGCCUUGGGCUUCGCAUUUCACAAAGGCUCAUACCUCCGCAACGGCUGGAAUGUAAUGGACUUCGUGGUCGUCCUCACCGGAAUCCUGGCCACGGUGGGUUCGGACUUUGACCUGCGAACACUGCGAGCGGUGAGAGUGCUGAGACCCCUAAAACUCGUGUCAGGAAUCCCAAGUCUCCAGGUGGUAUUGAAGUCCAUAAUGAAAGCCAUGGUUCCUCUGCUUCAGAUUGGCCUGCUGCUCUUCUUCGCCAUUGUCAUGUUUGCCAUCAUCGGGGUGGAGUUCUACAUGGGGAAAUUCCACACCACCUGCUUCAAGAUAGAGACUGGUGAGAGAGCAGCUGACUGGCCCUGUGGUGUGGAGCCCCCAGCCAGAUUGUGUCCCAAUGGGACCCAGUGUAGAGAGUACUGGACUGGACCCAACUUUGGCAUCACCAACUUCGACAACAUCCUGUUUGCAGUGCUCACUGUGUUCCAGUGCAUCACCAUGGAGGGCUGGGUGGACAUCCUCUACAGCACCAAUGACGUAGCAGGAAACACCUGGAACUGGCUCUACUUCAUCCCUCUCAUCAUCAUCGGCUCCUUUUUCAUGCUCAACCUGGUGCUUGGUGUCCUGUCUGGAGAGUUUGCCAAAGAGAGAGAACGUGUGGAGAAGAGGCAGGAGUUCCUGAAGCUUCGGAGGCAGCAGCAGAUCGAACGAGAGCUCACCGGAUACUUGGAGUGGAUCUGCAAAGCAGAGGAGGUGUUGCUGGAGGAGGAGGAUGAGAUUGCAGAGGAGAAGUCCCCGCUGGAUGGUGCGUGGUACAAGAGGAAACAAAACCUUCCAGUCCUGAAACGAAACAAAGCCAAGAAAGGUAAAAACGACCUGAUCGGUGCUGAGGAGGGGGAGGAUCCAUUCGCAGACAUCUCCUCUGUUCCUCCUCCUGGCUCUCCGUUUGGUCGGGCCAGUGUGAAAAGCAGCGGGAAGAUGGACAGCUCUUCUUAUUUCCGACGUAAAGAGAAGAGGAUUCGGUUCUUCAUCCGCCGCAUGGUGAAAGCUCAGAGCUUCUACUGGAUCGUUCUGUGUCUGGUGGGCCUCAACACUCUGUGUGUGGCGAUAGUUCACUACGACCAGCCCGAGUGGCUAACCAGGGCCCUCUACACAGCAGAGUUCGUGUUCCUGGGUUUGUUUCUGACUGAGAUGACUCUGAAGAUGUACGGCCUCGGAGCAAGAAAUUAUUUCCACUCUUCCUUUAACUGCUUUGAUUUUGGGGUGAUUGUGGGAAGUAUUUUUGAGGUGAUCUGGGACAUGAUUAAACCAGGAGCAUCAUUUGGUAUCAGUGUGUUGAGAGCCCUGCGACUGCUCAGGAUUUUUAAAGUCACCAAAUAUUGGAACUCGUUAAGGAACCUUGUGGUUUCCCUCCUCAAUUCCAUGAAGUCCAUCAUCAGCUUGCUCUUCCUCCUCUUCCUCUUCAUCGUGGUCUUUGCUCUGCUGGGCAUGCAGCUCUUUGGAGGACAGUUUAACUUUGAAGAUGAAACGCCAACAACAAACUUUGAUACUUUCCCAGCAGCCAUCCUCACUGUGUUCCAGAUUCUGACUGGCGAGGACUGGAACGCCGUGAUGUACCACGGGAUCGAGUCUCAAGGAGGCGUUCGGCGCGGCAUGUUCUCCUCCGUCUACUUCAUCGUCCUCACGCUGUUUGGAAACUACACCCUCCUGAAUGUCUUCUUGGCUAUCGCUGUCGAUAACCUUGCAAAUGCACAGGAGCUGACGAAGGAUGAAGAGGAGCAGGAAGAGGCAGCCAAUAAGAAGCUUGCCCUGCAGAAGGCUUUGGAGGUGAAGGAGGUCAGCCCCAUGUCAGCAGCCAACAUCUCGAUCGCCGCUUUUGUAAAGCAAAAUCGAGAUGCACUCUCUCGCAGGUCGUCCAUCAACAGCAUUCAGUCACCGAGUUAUACUGUCUACUCCUCUCCCGCCCGACGAAUCUUGAGUAAGGAGCAGCAGCGGUCGGCAAAGUCCAUGUCAGUGUGGGAGCAGAGGACCAACCAGCUGAGGAGACACAACAUGAGGACGAGCAGCGAGGCUUUGUUCAACGAGCUCGACCCCGAGGAGCGCCUGCAGAUGUCCACCGCCCUUCACCUGCAUCCUGACAUGAAAACCCACCUGGACCGGCCCCUCGUGGUGGAGGCCAAGAACGGCGACAAACCCAGCCGGUCUCCUGAAGGACGGGAGGAUGCAGGGGAUGGGGUUGGAGACAACUUCCACACUCACUCCAGGAGGCAUCACCGGCACCGUGACAGGAAUGGCGACAGCAGGGAUGGAGGCGAAAGCCGGGGAGGGAGGCACCACACCCAUCACAGCCGGAGCAGAGACCACAACAUAAACGGUUCCCAGGUGAAAGAGAGGAGAGGGGACAGUAGCCACAGCCGCGACGGAGGGCAGGGACACAGGCACCAUCACCAGGCCGGCUCCCCUGAGGAAGACGCCAAUGACUAUAGAGGAAGAGAAGAAAGGGGGCAUCGCCACCAUCACUCACAUCAUCCACCGAAAGAGGGAAACGGGAUGAUAGCAAAUGGUGCACAGGGGGAGCACAGGGGAAAGGACAGAGGAGGUGGGGAUAGUAACGGAGAGAGGAAGGCACGCUGCUCUCGUAUGGUCAGAGCUCAGUCGACACUGGAUGGAGACGACUGUAAGAGGAACAAGAAUGGAAGCAAAGGUCACAGGGAGAGGCAGCCAGAUGCUGAGGACGACGGCCUCGCCUCCAGCCCUCUGCAGCCGAUGCGAAGUAGCCUGAGCUUUGGGGAAAAGCAAGAAGAUGCUGACAACCAGAAGAACUCCACCAGGGCCAGCCAGGCCGGCCUCAACAGCAACGCCAUCCACAUCCCUGUCACCAUCACUGCCCCGCCCGGAGAAACCACCAUCAUACCCAUGAACAACAUCGACUGCGACAACUUCAGACUCAGUGAGGAGAAGAAAGACCUGGAGGAGGAGGAGGCAGCUAAUGGGCCUCGGCAGAUCCUUCCCUACAGCUCCAUGUUCAUCUUCGGGCAGACAAACCCGGUGCGGCGGCUGUGUCACUACGUGGUCAACCUACGCUACUUUGAGAUGUGCAUCCUGAUGGUCAUUACCAUGAGCAGCAUCGCUCUGGCGGCCGAGGACCCCGUGCAAGCCAAUGCACCUCGCAACAACGUUCUCAAGUAUCUGGACUACGUCUUCACAGGGGUCUUUACUUUUGAGAUGGUCAUUAAGAUGAUUGACUUGGGACUGCUCCUCCACCCUGGCUCUUACUUCCGUGACCUGUGGAACAUCCUGGACUUCAUCGUGGUCAGCGGAGCUCUGGUUGCCUUCGCCUGCUCAGGGACGAAAGGCAAGGACAUCAACACCAUCAAGUCCCUGAGGGUCCUCAGAGUCCUGCGGCCACUCAAGACCAUUAAACGGCUACCAAAGCUGAAGGCGGUGUUCGACUGUGUUGUGAACUCUCUGAAGAACGUUCUUAACAUCCUCAUCGUCUACAUCCUCUUCAUGUUCAUCUUCGCUGUCAUCGCUGUGCAGCUCUUUAAGGGCAAAUUCUUCUACUGCACUGACGAGUCCAAGGGUCUGGAAAAAGACUGCAGGGGUCAGUUUCUGGACUACGACAGGGAUGACGUGGCAGCACAGCCCAGAGAGUGGAAGAAGUACGAGUUCCAUUACGACAACGUACUCUGGGCUUUCCUAACGCUCUUCACCGUGUCCACUGGGGAGGGCUGGCCACUGGUCUUGAAACACUCUGUGGACGCCACAUAUGAGGACCAGGGCCCCAGCCCAGGCUUCCGCAUGGAGACAUCCAUCUUUUACGUGGUUUACUUCGUGGUGUUCCCCUUCUUCUUUGUCAACAUAUUCGUUGCUUUGAUCAUCAUCACCUUCCAGGAGCAGGGAGACAAGGCCAUGUCUGAGUGUAGCCUGGAGAAGAACGAGAGGGCUUGUAUUGACUUUGCCAUCAACGCCAAGCCACUGACGAGAUACAUGCCAGAGAACAAGCAGUCCUUCCAGUACAAGAUGUGGAAGUUUGUGGUGUCGCCUCCGUUUGAGUACGCCAUCAUGACUUUAAUCGCCCUCAACACAGUCGUGCUGAUGAUGAAGUUCUACGGAGCUCCAGAGCUGUACGAGUCCAUGCUGAAAUACUUAAACAUCGUCUUCACGGCCCUCUUCACACUGGAGUGCAUCCUCAAGAUUAUUGCCUUCGGUCCACUGAACUACCUGAAAGCGGCCUGGAAUGUGUUUGACUUUGUGACUGUGCUGGGAAGCAUCACAGACAUCUUGGUCACAGAGAUUAAGGACAAGAUGAUCAACCUGAGUUUCCUGAGGCUGUUCAGGGCGGCUCGUCUCAUCAAGCUGCUGCGGCAGGGCUACACCAUCCGCAUCCUGCUGUGGACCUUUGUUCAGUCCUUCAAGGCUCUGCCGUAUGUCUGCCUGCUCAUUGCCAUGCUGUUCUUCAUCUACGCCAUCAUUGGAAUGCAGGUGUUUGGAAACAUCGAGCUGAACGAGGAGACCGCCAUAAAUCACCACAACAACUUCCAGACCUUUUUCCAGGCCCUGACUCUUCUCUUCAGGAGUGCGACCGGCGAGGCGUGGCAUGAGAUCAUGUUAGCGUGUCUCAGUAACCGGCCGUGUGAUAAGCUCUCGGGAACUGCGGGGAAGGAGUGUGGAAGUGACUUUGCUUACUUCUACUUUGUCUCCUUCAUCUUCCUCUGCUCCUUUCUGAUGCUGAACCUGUUUGUUGCUGUCAUCAUGGACAACUUUGAAUAUCUGACCAGGGACGCCUCCAUCCUGGGGCCUCAUCACCUUGAUGAAUUCAUCCGCGUGUGGGCAGAGUAUGACCCUGCUGCCUGCGGCCGCAUGACUUACCACGAUAUGUACGAGAUGCUUCGAGACAUGUCCCCUCCGCUAGGUUUGGGAAAGAAAUGUCCGCCCCGAAUCGCCUAUAAGAGAUUGGUGAAGAUGAACAUGCCCAUUGCGGAUGACAAAACGGUGCAUUUCACCUCCACGCUGAUGGCCUUGAUUCGCACAGCCCUGGAGAUCAAACUGGCAUCUGGGGUCCUGGCGCAGCAUUUGUGCGACGCUGACCUGAAGAGGGAGAUACACCGAGUCUGGCCCAACCUGUCGCAGAAGACUGUGGACCUGCUGGUGACGCCACCUAAAUACAAUGAGCUGACUGUGGGGAAAGUCUAUGCAGCUUUAAUGAUCUUUGACUACUACAAGCAGACUUGUGCCAAGAGACUCCAGCAGCAGAACUCUACAGGAGGACCUCAGAGUAAACUUGGGGCGUUGUUCCGUCCUAUGCUGCCCCUCACUCAAAUACAGGAAGUGGAACCACCGUUCUGCAGCCCCAAACAGCCCCUCCCACCCAAACCUGAGCCAGAAUCCAAGCCGGAGACACUGCCCUCAACCACCAUCACCUCGGUUUACAGGGACACGAUACUAAGCCAGAGGAGUGCCAUAAAACACUCCCAGUCCGGAGAUGUUUCUCAGGCAGCACAACAGAGGCCCAAAGGCCGAAGGAAACUACAGAGAGGCCAGUCAGAGGAUGUGCCAUAUUCCACCAGACCUCAGGAAUGUGUUGAACUGAAGCAGACGGAGAACAUUUCAGACACAGAGGCAUAUCCAAGCCUGGAGGGCCACUGUAGAGCGGCUUCUCUGCCCCGACUUAAUGCUGAGUACUACCGGAGCCACCCUCGCCACGCCCCUGGGACCCACCUGGCACCAAUUGUGGACCUCAGUCCUAUCAGGCGCUCAGCAUCCUCGCUGACGCCGCAGCGCCACCUGGAGGGUGGGCUGAGGGAGUAUGAUCUGGAACGGCCAAGCUUGGCCCAGUCCUCAAUGGGGCCGGGGCAAGUCCAGGGUCAGGACAGAGCCCACCACCAUCACCACCACCACCGCUGCCAUAGACGCAGGGACAAGGACAAAGAGAAGAAGCAGAAGUCUCUGGAUAGGGCUGCGUCAGUGCAGCCGUCCAGCACUGUUGAUUCGUUCACCGACCCUUCAGCUGAAGGUUUGUCCAGGGAACGAGCGAGGGAGCGGGACCGCAGCCGGCCUCAUGAGAGGAGGCACCACUCCUCAGCAGGAGAGAAGCAGCGCUACUACUCCUGUGAGCGUUACGGCAGCAGGGAGCAGUGUCACACCAAGUCAGCCGGUCCCAGUCGAUCCACGUCUCCCGGAGAGGGACAGGACGCUGGUUUGCUGAAACAGCAUGGUAGCAGUGUGGUCAAAACUGGCCCUGGAACACUCCCCUCUGGUUCGAGCACCCCGGGCCGUGGUCGCAGGCAGCUCCCACAGACACCCCUCACCCCUCGUCCUGCCGUGGCUUACAAGACCGCCAACUCCUCGCCUCUCCCGCCCGCUGCCAGCACUGCUACAGCGGGGCAGCAGACUCGCUUCAGCCGUGGCCUUUCAGAGCAUGACCGCCUACACUGGGGCCAGGAAGAGUCCCCGAUACCGGUCACCCGCAUCGGUUCAGACCCUAAUUUAAACCGGCAGCCACAGGUCGCUUCUCAACAAGCCCUCCUUGAAGAGGACUUUCAGGACACUGUGAGCAGCCACGGAGGGGGACGCCCUGUCCGAACCGUUGCCUCCACAACAGCCUCAGCGUCACAUGGAACUGCUGCUGCGCCCGUCGCAGCGGCCACCUCGCAAGGUCGGGCAGGGGUGGUGCCUAACGGGUACCACUUCACCCUUGGGGUCAACUCUGUGUCCGGGCCAGGGAGCCGAGGAACAGGAAGUCUCAGGGAGAGGGAGGAAGAGGACUGGUGCUAACAUGGCAGAAAACUGUUAGCUGAGGAUGAGCAGAUUAUCGUUGUUGUGCAGACCUCACGUCAGGUCCAAUGAGCUGAUAGGGAGCUUGCGGAUUAAUCCAGAAGGAGCGAGGAAAAUGCCUGCGGAAAGUGCUGUAAAAGGGGAUCAGAAAUCAUUCCAGCUUUGUAGUGUUACUCUCCUUUUUUAUACAACAAACUUUUAAGGAAAAAAGACACUGAUGACUUUUUUUUUAUCCCCUUUACUUGCACUGAAAUUAUAGCACCUGUGAAGACCCUUAAGUAUUUUGCCUUGGCCAGUAAAAUCAGUGAUGGAGCAGGAGACAAAAGCCAAAAUCUCCUCAUACUUUGAGUGUGUUUCCGACUGAUCUGAAUGACUCAUUCCUGGUAUUAAUAUGGCUGCUCACAACACUGUUUUUAUUUUUGUACGUUUCAUUUUGUUUAUGGUUGUCAUGUGGGUGAGAGAGGAGUUUCAACUUGAUCAUACUGAUGCUUCCACCAAAUUAUCUUUUCUUUAUCAGCUUUUACUUCGGGGUUAUCACCAAUUUCUGAGCUAAACAGAUGUUAGGAACUAUUUUCUGUAGGUUUUCUGCCACUUAAGGGACAGUGAGUAGUGUGACAAAGAUUAAAUAAUGGGCGGGGUUAGAUCAGGACUUGAGCCUAGACUAGAAGUUUUCAUGAUCACGUUUUUGUAAAUUGUUCCAGAUGUAAAUUUUUUGAGUGCACAUAGGGACUAGAUAACUCUUUUCUGGCGUUAUGUGGCUGAAUACUAAGUGCCUCGUUUUCCAAGAUGUAUUAAGAUGCAGCCUGGUCAGAUGGACUUGAAUAUACAGUAGAGGAUGUACUCAGCGUGUAGAGAACAAAGUUUAAAUCUGGUGUAAUGGACAGAAUGCAAAAAAAAAGAGGAAAAACUUUUUGUACUGAAUCUUGUGGUAGGUCAGUCCGAAUUACAGAUCCAAAGUAAGCAAUGUAGUGCAUGCCAGGGUCUUGAACUUGUCAAAAAAUAGUGUCUGUACUUUUGCUUAAGGGUGUGUGGUAAGCAUUUGCCUUUCUCUUUCAAAUAUACUGCAGGCCAGUUGGUAGAAAUGGUCUCUGAAUGGAGAAAAGUGCCAUUUUUUAAUUUCUGAUCAACUAAAAUUUCUCAUAUUCAGAAACACUUGCCUCCUCAAACAUACUCAGUCUCUGCCAUAUUUGCCCAAACUGCAUGGGUUUCCUUUCUUCGUAUCUCGUUCCUCUGAGAGCAGUAUUGUGUCAGGAUUUGUAGGAGAGGUUACCUGUUUAUGUAUCCACAGGUACAAUAAAGAGUUGUGUUGUUGCUGCUGACUGUUGACUUAAAAUAGGGCUAUGCAACAAGACGACACUUCAUCUGCCCUGUAGCUUUACCCUCUGGAAUCUCCAGGUUCAGGCUUUAGUGUGACUGCGACCAAAUUUUACAUUUAUGUAUGAAGAGUUGUAAAAUAUAGAUGUAUUAUAUGAUGUACAGUUAACUGACAACACACACUGAGGCACAAAUGGUAUCAAAGCUGAUAUAUGUGAAUCACAGGGCAUUUUUGAGGUUGGCAAGUUGACUGCAUGAAGCCUACACAGAUAGAACCACCCAAAAUAUAAAACUGUUCUUUCCAAACUUGGAUCAAAUUGUGUUUUUUUAAUACUUUUUUGUCAUUAAACUUGCUUGGAAAACCGGAUAAUUAUUAUUUAAAAUGUAGUUUUAGUGUAAGGUAUUCUGUCAAUAACAGAAGGCUGAUGUAACAUUUCCUUGUCAUUACUAGAGCUCCACACGAGCCUAAAACAUCUGUACUAUUUCCUUGAGAGCUAAAGUGGUACUGCCAGAUUCAACACCAACACCUGAGGCUAUAUUUUGCUUGAUUUUAUCCAUUUCUGACAGAUAGCCCACGAGGCACCAGGCUCUUUUCCACUUCCCACUGGUCAUGACACAUCUAGUUAAAGGAUAAGGCUGGUAAUAUGCUAUGUAUAUUUUUUUCCUUUUUUUUGGCAACAAUUCCCUUGAAAAGACUAAAACCAACGAUUUGUUAGUCUGUCAUUUUAUAUUUUCUGAUUUCCCUUCUCUGUCUGUGGCACUCAGCCCCAACAUUGUUCCCUAACGAAAACAUACAUUUUUAAAAAUGAGUCACCAAUGUGUAGUUUUUAUGUCGAAGAAAGGCUGGUAAUUUAAAAAAACAAAAAAAACAACAACUUCUUAAACAGGAGUAAACAGUGCAUUUGUUGGGAACUAUUUUCAGCUGUGGAUUAAUACACUUGAAGUGUGUAGGCAGUCUGUCCGGACCAAAAAGUUAGGGCGUAAGUGUUGUCUGUGCAAGCAGCAUAUUACGUCUCAUAUUUAUGUUUAUUGUGAGGCGGCGACCUCUAGUGGCCAUAGUAAUAAUUAGGGGAGCAAAGGAGUGAGUCAAGUGACUUAGUCAAUGUGAGGCGGAGAUCAAGGUGGGUCGGUGGGUCAAACAAACACAGGACUUUCACCCAGGAGAUUAUAGUUUGUGUCCCGUGAGAAACCAAAAGUCAACAUUGACUUAUUUUAACUUAGGUACAUGAAAUUAACUUAUGUACGUAGGUUAGCACUCUGCUAGUGCUACAUUCUAAUGUGAGUUCUCUGAUAACCUCUGUUAAAGAGGUUACGUCUUCGGUUUGGUUUAUUUGUCUGUUUGUCAGCAGUAUAACGGAAAAAUUAGUGGUCUGAUAUUCAUGAAACUUGGUGGAAGUGUAUAGCAUGGGCCAAGGGAGAACCCAUUCAAUUUUGGAGCAUGUCUGGAUCGUGGGGCACCAGUAGAACCAAUAUAGUGAUAUAGGGCAAUUUGCCUUAGAAGAAGUCUUGACACUGAGUCAAUUUCUAGUUAAGUUGGUUUUGUUUGUUUUUUGAUUUCUUGAAAAUAAGAAUAAUAUAGAAUAUCACCAUGCUUAACCUUUAAAACACAUGAUAAAAUUAAAUGCAGUUAGUUGAUAGAAAACCUUUAGAUUUAAAUGGAACUCAAUCUUGGAACCCACUGGCUACUGGUCUGAUGACAGUUUAGCUUCUUGGGGUAACGACCAAUAUUUCAAGGGUCUUGCUCGCGGAUAUCGGAAUAACUGAUAACCGAUAUCCAAGCCAAGACUUCCUCUUCUUUGCCCUGGUCAUUGUUUACAGUCCGAUUGGCAACACAAAUCACAAGCAGUGAUACUUUUAAUAGGUGUUGUAGGUCUUAAUGACAUUUUAGAUAAUCUCUAUAAAUAGAUAUCUGCACAUAAUGCAGAUAAAUUCAUUUAAAAAAGCAAGUAAAAACCUAAGUCAUCAUCGGACAACAACAAAGGGUACCAAGUUUGCAUUUCGUCCAAUGCCUUCCGACUCUUUUGUCUCCACACAGAUGGUUAACAGAUGCAGUACAAAUGGAAACCAGAAAGCUUCCAAUACCAAAACCUUGCCCCGUUGCUUAGAGAUUCUGCCUGACGUUAGGUAAUUGGUCAAAGAACAAGUUAAUAUUUAUAGGAUUUUUUUAUAUGAUUUGUUAAAAUUGUGAGUUCGGGAAUUUGAAUGUAAGUAAGGGACCAAUAUGAAUAAAACAAAUAUUGCAUACAUAUAGAGUGAUUAUCAAUCACUAUGUUUAUUCUAAUAAAAAUAGAGAUUAGGUCAAAAUAAUAGACUUCUAGGUGUCUAAAUCUCUUGGUGCUCUUUGUAUUGGCCUGGUUCAAAGCAAGUUUAUGAACAUGAAUUAUUUAAAAAUAUAAUUUGAUCCAAGUACAACUAUUUCCUUGUGUUUUAAGUUUACUUCCUGUUGUCUCAUAUUUGUGCAAUCUAUUUGAUGGAUCAUCCAGAUGGAGACAUUCUGGACUUAAAGGUCUAUCUGUAGGCGACUCUCUGUUCUUUGUAAAGGUAACAUAAUAGAUUGCUUGUCGUCACACUGUCUUUAAACGUUGCUGUAAGUUGCCAUAUUGGAGCAGAGAUUUGUGUAAAUCUCUACGGUAGAUUUUUAAGGAGAUCCUACAUUUUCAGACCUCCAAUGAGACCAACAUGAACAGGGUGCCAACUUCUCCUCUUACAGUUUUACUAUGACUGCCCCCUCUGGACAGGUCCUGUUUGCAUGUUCUGAAAUGAAAAUGUGCAUGUGCAAAAAACAAAAAACGAAAAAACAAAACAAAAAAAAGAGGCAUUGUUUGACUUCAUUCAGUCCAUGAUUUGUACAAUUUGUUUCCUGGUUGUAUUUUCUGAUUAUCUAAAUACACAAUGUAUCUGUUUCAGGUAAAGAAAAAAAAAAGAGCUUGAAUAACAUUUUAUCUCAGAACCACCAAAGUGGAAACAAGGCUCUUUCUCAGAAAAGAGGUUCUGGAGUGGCUGAAUCCUUCGCUGCCUGAUCUGUUACUUGACUGUCUCUCCCACAGUCAUUUCGACUGUACCUAUAGAUUUUAUAUGAAUAUAAGUCCUUGAAUA